UCUAAGUGCAGUGUGUGUGUACGUGCGUGUGCGGACAUCGAGUUUCGGACGGACGCGAUUAGUACACCCGGUUUGUCGAGCGCGUCGACACUCGCCCGCGCGUCGAUCGCCGAGUAGUACGUUAUUGUAAUUGUUAUUAUUUUCGAAUUAAAAUUGACGACAGCAAGUCCGUCAGUCGGUACACAAUAGUCACCACUCGCCAUCGCUUACGCGUCCAGUCCGCGGUGUGCGUGUGCGGCGCGAAUAAUAUCUAGUAUAGCGUACGAUCCAUCAUCCGCUGCAGCCGGCGGCACGCACAGACAUCGUCACCGCCGAGAACAUAAUAUUGUUAUCAUCGUGCCACGAUAACUAAACGAUUUUUAGUGGUCCAUCGUCGCCACGCAUUAUAUAAAUCUUCGCACCGACCGGAACGACCACAUCCUUCGAGCCCCGAGGAAACGAGGGCGCCGCCACCAUGAAGUUCACACUCUCCGAAUGGAUAAUAUUGGCCGUGGUCGGGUCCGUGCACUUUUGUUGCGCCAUUUGCAUAUCGUUGCAGGCGCCAUUUUACCCCGAAGAGGCCGAGAAGAAAGGAUGUACAGCUACAGAAUACGGCUUCGUCUUCGGCAGCUUCGAACUGGUGGCAUUCAUUACGUCUCCAGUUUUUGGAAGCCUGAUACAAAAGGUUGGGCUGAAAUAUAUGUUGGUGAUUGGCAUCGUAUUGAACGCUCUGUCGACCAUUGCUUUCGGAUAUUUGACGUACAUCGACGAAAGAAACAUGUUCUUGCUGUUAUCGCUGUGCCUUAGGGUGUUGGAGUCUUUGGGCGCUACGGGCGCGAUGGUAGCCGCGUUUUCGCUGACAGCCGUCUCUUUUCCUGAAUCUGUUGCUAGCACUUUCUCCGCUCUUGAAGUAUGUUAUGGAAUGGGAUAUAUCGUCGGACCGACUCUCGGCGCUUUGCUGUUCGAGGUUGGUGGAUUUUCACUGCCGUUUGUGGUCAUGGGUUUCAUUACACUUGGAACGUCGUUCCUGGUGUGUAUUUUAAUGAAACAAGACGUGCCCAGUCCAAACAAGGCUAAAACCAAAGUAACACACCUCAUGAGCGUUCCUACAGUACUCGUAAACUCUAUUGCAACUGUGAUAACGGCCACAGCUAUGGGAUAUUAUUCAGCCACGUUGGAGCCACACAUUCGUGGGUUUGGACUUUCAUCUGUAGACGUCGGAUUCGUGUUCAUCAUCAGCGGUGGAACGUACGCACUGAUAGCGCCCGUCAUCGGAUACGUUUGCGACACCGGAUUGAAUCCAAAAAAAAUUAUGAUCGUCGGGACAAUCCUAACCGUCGUCAGCUACUCUAUAGUCGGUCCGGCUCCGUUCAUGCCAAUAACAAAAUCCAUGGUGUGGGUGGUUAUUGGAUUGAUCAUACAAGGAGUCGCGUUGGGUAUGAUCUGCGUACCCACGUUCGUAGAUUCCAUGACAGCUGCCUUCGAUAGCGGUUUUCCAAACGACAUACACACUUAUGGACUGUUGUCGGGCAUCUGGUCAUCGUCUUUCGCGCUAGGUGCAUUUUUGGGCCCGUCAAUAGCUGGCGUCUUGUAUGACUUGGUUGGGUUUGAAAACGGCACGUACUUUGAGAUUUCAUUGCACAUCGCAUUGGGAAUCGCGCUGCUCUUCUUCGUGUGCUUGGAACGGCGGCCGUCCGAGAAGUUCGUGGUGAACGGCAUGAGCGACUCGACCGUUGGGUUCGCCGGCCGCGGGGACGCGGUUGACCCGACCAGCGCGGCGCCAGUGCCGGGUUCCGGGAUCAAGUCUCCCAUCUACACCAUCAACGGGCACCACUCGUUCCGAUCCAGCCACCGAUUCGGUUCCACCUAUGGCAGCUUCAGCAACUCGUGCCUGGGCACGUCCCUGUCGUCGAUGCGCAUCAACAGCGAGGCCAGGACCGAGGCCCGGGGCAGCCCGUUGGCCGUCGAGUCGAGGAUCUAGAUCAACACACCCCCCCUACCACCUUCCCAAAACACUAUACUACGAUGAUGAUGAUGAUGAUGAUAAUACAACGAUAACGAUGCAAGCCAUCAUCCCCCGGACCCCACCCACACACACUCUAUAGUCUCCACCACACACGCAUUAUGAUAACAGCGUUAUCAGAGACUAGACUUAUACCCUUAUACAUUUAUGCGUGUCGUUAUAGUCGGUCGUCCAAUCGUGGCGCCCACUUCCACCAUCGACAACCACACGCGUACACUGGUCCGAACACACAUUCAACAUUCAAGUACAGUGCACAGUACAUUGUUACACCUUACCCUGCGCAUUUGCCCAUAGUUAGUCAAUAACAGUGUUAGUAUUAAUGAUAUCGUUCGAGUUUUAAUAUUAUCUCUUCUCGCCCACUGACUGAGAAAUCGCAUCUCGCAACAACGGGCGUAUAAUAACAUAAUAUUAUUGUUAUCACUGGUACAACGCAAUAUUCAAUUUCUUACAAAUUAUUAUAGUUGUGUGGGUGUGUGUGUGUGUGUGUGAAUGUAUUUUAUUGAUUUUAAUUCGUAUCUUAUACACAAUGAUUUUUAUUUUUAUUUCUCUCUGUCUCGCUUCUGUUUUUCUCAAUGUUACCCCCCCCCCCCUCUUAAUAAUAUUCAUA